GCAAGGGCACCAGGAUCGCCAGUGAUUAUCAUCGGGACCCACAAGGAUGUAAUAGAGGCUCGGGCAACCAAGAAGAAUUUCACAGAGAACUGGGAAGAGGACUUAAACAAGCUCAUAGAUCAACAGUUUUGUCUCGUUGAGGAGCCGGACAAGUGUGGUCUUCCUAACAUCAUUGCUCGUAUCAACAUCAGUACUCGUAGCCGCCGUGACGUCAACAAACUCGUCGACUGUAUCUACCGCACAGUGUUUGAACUCAAACAUCCACGGCGGCGCCAAGAGAAAUUGCUGCGCCACAAGAUCCCAAAGAAAUACCUGCUGCUUAAGGAGAUCGUCCAGGAACUCGCUGUGGAGCGGGAAAGGGAGAAAAAAGACCCAGUCCUAGACAAGGACUCCUACCUGUACGUAUCCAUGGAUACAGUCAAAUAUUAG